AUAUUUUCACUUCUUUGAAACAGAGCCAACGUAUUAUAUAGAGAGAAAGAGAGAGAUAAAAUCGUUGAAAUUUUUUUUUGGGUUUCUGAUGUGUAUUUGUAUGAGGAAGAACGGGACAAGAGGAGAAAUCUAAUCAUAAGAGAGAAAAAGAGAAAGGAAAAAGAGGAUGAAUGAGCUUGAAACAACAGAUUCCUCUGCAUCUGAGUUUGUUGAAGUUGAUCCAACUGGCAGAUACGGCAGGUACAAUGAAAUCCUCGGCAAAGGAGCUUCCAAGACAGUAUAUAGAGCAUUUGAUGAGUACCAAGGGAUUGAAGUUGCUUGGAAUCAGGUUAAAUUGUAUGAUUUUCUGCAGAGCCCUGAAGAUCUCGAGAGGCUUUACUGUGAAAUUCACCUCCUCAAGACGUUGAAGCACAGAAACAUAAUGAAAUUUUACACAUCUUGGGUUGAUACAGCAAAUAGAAAUAUCAACUUUGUGACUGAAAUGUUCACUUCUGGCACCCUUAGACAGUAUAGGCAAAAGCACAAGAGAGUUAACAUUAGGGCAGUGAAGCAUUGGUGUAGACAGAUCCUGAGAGGGCUUCUCUAUCUUCAUAGCCAUGACCCACCUGUGAUCCAUAGAGAUCUUAAAUGUGAUAAUAUUUUUAUCAAUGGAAACCAAGGGGAAGUUAAGAUUGGGGAUCUUGGGUUGGCAGCAAUUCUCCGCAAGUCCCAUGCUGCUCAUUGUGUAGGGACGCCUGAGUUCAUGGCACCAGAAGUUUAUGAAGAGUCAUAUAAUGAAUUAGUUGACAUAUAUUCCUUUGGGAUGUGUGUAUUAGAGAUGGUCACGUUUGAAUAUCCUUAUAGCGAAUGUAGCCAUCCAGCACAAAUCUACAAGAAAGUUAUUUCAGGGAAGAAACCGGAUGCCUUGUAUAAAGUGAAGGAUCCAGAAGUACGACAAUUUGUUGAGAAAUGCCUGGCAACGGUGUCUCUAAGGCUCUCUGCUAGGGAGCUUCUAGAUGAUCCUUUUCUUCAGAUUGAUGAUUAUGAGUAUGAUUUGGGACCCGUGGACAGUGGAGCAUUUGAUGACUUGGGUCCUCUUACCCAUCAGCCAUUCUUUGAUCUCCACCAGAGUUUUAGUAACAUGAGUACUGAAUACUCAAAUGGCUUCGAAUAUGGAGACUGGUAUUCUCAUCCAGCUGAUAUUGAACCUAGUGGAAUUGAACUUUUCGAGUGCCAUGAUGAGGAAGCCUCUGAAGAUGUUGACAUAAGCAUCAGAGGCAAGAGGAAAGAUGACGGUGGCAUCUUUUUGAGACUAAGAAUUGCAGACAAAGAAGGCCAUAUUCGGAAUAUUUAUUUUCCAUUUGACAUAGGGACGGACACAGCAUUAAGUGUAGCAACUGAAAUGGUUGCAGAACUCGACAUUACUGAUCAGGAUGUUACCAGUAUUGCAGAUAUGAUAGAUGGGGAAAUUGCUUCCUUGGUACCUGAAUGGAAGCCGGGACCAGGAAUUGAAGAAACCAACCAUCAUUUAAAUAAUUUUUUUUGUCACAAUUGUGUGUCUAUUCAUACUUCGGGUGGCAAUGUUAUGGAAUUUCUUUCACAUAAUCAAUGUGGAAAGAACUCGCAACUUCCUCAAUGCUGUAGGCAUGGAUGUACUUCAAUGCAUGGGCGUUUUGAGGAGAUUACCUUCCCAUCCGAGUGUGACAAUCAUGUUAGAGGGGAUGCACCUAUCAAAUCAAGCCAAUCAGACUGCUUGCAGCGUCAGGAAUCAUGGAAUCAUCAUGAAAGUUGUGAACUGAGUCCAGUAGAGUCUGAUGAAAGUCAUUCUGGUGAGCAAUUUGAUAAACCAGUAUUAGCAGAAGACAAAGGAAAAAAAGGCAUUUGGGAAAACAAGUUCGCACAUGAUCCAGGAAAUCCCCCACGAAGUUUAUCAGGAAAUUAUUUCUCUGCUAUCCGUUUUUUGUGUUGUGGCCCUGAGAUUGAAUAUGAGAAAGAGGUUCGACAAGAAAUGAGAUGGAUCAAAGCAAAACACAAUAGGGAGUCAAGGGAACUUGGAGAUAAACGGUUUGGUAUAGCAACUGAAUCUUCACAUACUAGUAAUAGAGAGCACAAAACUGAACAAUGCAUUAUGCCACCACUGCCACAGACAGCAAACGGUGUGCACAAUGGGAUUCACUUGAAACCCUUAGGUAAUAUCUGGAAUUAUGAAUCCAGUUGCCGUUCUCAAGUCCAAAAGAACCACCCCAAUUUGGACACCCAAAGGGCCCAAAAUUGUGAGGUGAUGUGUUCUCACAAAGAAGGUAUGGUUACUGAGAAGAGUUUUUACACAGGCUCGCUUAGAGACACUCUACACAGGACAGUUUCCCUUCCUGUUGAUGCUGUGGAUGUUUAGUUUUAUGACACACUGGUUGCAUUCUUUUGUGCAUUAUGUACAUACUGUCCUAGAGGCUAUCUGAUUUCUACACCCCACCUUUUUUUCUUCUUGGAAUUUCAAUUUCCCCACAAAGAUACAAAAUCCUUUCCGUACAAAAGUAUCAAUAGUGUCAUAUACUUAGAAUAAACAGAUUUUUAUUUUUUGGUGAGGGGGCGGUGAUCAAUCAUGGUUCGUGAACGUGGCUUGUGUAAUAGUAGUACUUAGUUUAACAAUCGGUCAAAUCUAUGUGCAAUUUUGUCCAAGUCUUUUUUGGAAAACAAAUUGUAUUGGAAUUACUAGGAAGGAGAAAACGUGUCACGGUUGCAUGUAUGCUUUUUUUUCAAAAUAGAACUACAAUAAUUGAGUGUGCUGUGCCAA